AUGGACGGAGAACCGUUCAUAGCAGACGUCAGGGUGAACGGCACAGACUUCGUGCCAUCUCUUGUCGACUAUGGCUGCCUCUGCUACGGCGCGCCGCGUAUCUUGGAGAACGCAGCCGGAGACGGCAAGGAGGUCAAAAUCGACAAGAUCACGUAUGUGUCGAUCGACCUCGAUGGACAUCAGCAGCAUCGUGUUUUCAUGUACGUCAUCGACGAUCUGAACUGGGAUAUGAUCCUGGGUAAACGAUGGAUGGAAGACCAGGAUGUUCACAUCCAUGCGAAGGAAGGAUAUCUCGAGAUCGGGUCCAAUGGAGUUCAAUACCACAAGUGGUCUCGAGCUUUCUCUCAGCAACUGGCCGACCAGCUGCCCCCUCAUCGGCCAGGUGUGGACCUGAAGAUCGAAGUGCUGAAAGACGAGCAUGGCCGAGAGAAGCCCCUACCCUGGGGACCGCUUUACAGCAUGUCCCGCGAGGAGCUAUUGGUACUACGGAAGACUCUCACAGAACUACUCGACAAGGGAUUUAUUAGAGUCAGCAGCUCGCCAGCCGCGGCACCAGUCCUUAUGAGGGACCGCUAUCCCUUGCCCUUACUGAGCGAGACCUUGCGAACGAUAGCCAAGGCAAGGUGGUUCACCAAGACAACUUUCAGAACGCGCUAUGGAUCCUUCGAAUGGCUGGUAGUUCCAUUCGGCCUGACAGGCGCACCAGCAGCCUUUCAGCGGUACAUUAACAGCGCGCUCCAGGAUUACCUAGACGAUUUUGUGUCAGCAUAUAUCGACGAUGUCCUGAUCUUCUCCUCUGGAAGCCUGCAAGACCACCGCGACAAGGUCGGCAAGGUCCUCCAACGACUGAUGGACGCCGGGCUGCAACUGGAUAUCAACAAGAGUGAAUUCGAAGUCAAGGCUGUGAAAUACCUUGGGUUUAUCAUCGAGGCGGAGUGUGGGAUCCGAGUCGACCCUGAGAAGGAUGUUUAUGCCAGAGUUCUCGGUGAUAGCGGAGCGCUAACGCGGCUAACGAAGAAGGACGUGCCAUUCCGUUGGGAUGAAUUGUGCGAAGAAGCCUUCGAGAAGCUCAAGGACCUGUUGAUCACGGCCCCAAUCCUUGCACACUUCCAUCCAGAAAGGAGACUAUCGUGGAAGCAGACGCUUCAGGAUUCGCGUCGGGAGGCAAACAUUCGGCAGCCGAAGCGAACUACGCUAUCCAUGACAAGGAGCUACUCGCCAUUCUCAGAUGUUUGGAGCAGUGGGAACCAGAGCUACGGGCAGUAG